AUGGUGGCCAAGACGGUCGGCAAGAUGGUGGAUGCAAAUACAUUCUGGGGCUGGUCGCAGGACCGCGGCGCCAUGACGCCCCUCGCCGCGUCGCUGCUGGUGAUCCUCCUCUACUGCGUCCUGGCGCGGGCCGGUCGCCGCCUGGUCCACCGGCACCUCGGGGACUCCCUGCUGAGGGCGCUGCUCCUGGAGGCGCUGGUCGCGGCCGAGCUGUGCGCCGUCGCCUCGGAGCUCGCCAUAGUGGCGGGAAACUACGGCGUGCCCGUGUUCGCGGCCCUGCUGUGCCUGCUGAUCGUGUGGUGGUCCGCGCAGUGGGGCGAUGCCAGCGCCUGCCCCUACACCCACCUGGAGGACGUGGUGGAAGGCAGGCAGGACCUCGGGCAAGCCGUGCUCAAGAUAUGGGCCGAGCUGGCGGGCGGCGUGCUCGUCUUCAGGUUCGUCCAGCUUCUGUGGAGUUUGGAGCUGACUGAGAACCACCGAGGCCGGGCAUUCGCUGAAUGCUCUGCAGAUCUCCAGGUGUCAGCCCUGUACGGCGCGCUGGUUGAGGGCGCCGCCACCUGCCUCAGUCGACUGACUUCCAGAGCCAUCUACGACCUGCAGCCCAGGUUCGGGACAGCUAUCGGAUCCGUCAUUGGGACAUCGCUGGUCGUUGCAGCCCUGAACCACUCGGGAGGCUACUUCAACCCGAUGCUGGCCACGGUGCUGAAGUACGGCUGCCGCGGCCACUCCGCCUGGGAGCACGUGCUGGUGUACUGGGUGGGCGCGAGCGCCGGCUCCAUUGCGUCCGUGUUCCUGUACCGCCUGCCCGCCGUGCAGGCGGUCGUGCGGCGCAAGGCGGACUGAGGCUGUCUCUCUGCGCGACUCCAAACACCCGCACACACCUCACCGCACCUUCUGUGGACGUUGCUUCGAGUAAAACAUAGUUACAGCGUGAUGGGUUUACCUAACCUACAAAGUCAAGUGGACAAUAGAUCCAAAAUAUUUGUUUAUAUAAUUCUCAAGCCUGUUUUACUACAUUUUCAAAUAUCAUAAUGUGCGGUAUGGCACACAC